AUGUCUGAAGGAUCUCUUCGUUACAUUCUCUCUGCUCGUACUCCUAACAAUAAAAAAAUGCUAGAGUAUUGCAUUGCUAUUGUUCUCAGAGAAGCACUUCUUGGUCUACGAUUAAUUCAUAAUACUGAAAGGAUUCAUAGGACUUUUAAUCAGGGAGAUAUCUUUGUUCAUAUUGACGAUAAUGCUACUGACUCUGCCAGAAUCUUGAUCAAAUUAGCAUUUGAAGCAUUAGUUUACGAUCAUUCCGAAAACAUCAACACUGAAGGAGCCAGUUCGUCCUCUCCGUUUUUGGACGUUAAGGGUAUUUCCAAAUGGGGUGCUGCACCGGAAGUGUUUGGGAAAGAUAAUGAUACAAGUACACAAAAAUCUGAUAUCUGGCUGUUGGGAAUAACAGCACUGGAAUUGGCGUAUGGGGAUUUACCUGUUAGGAAUCGUGAAGACUUGAAUUGUAUAAUCACGAAGUUAAGGGAGAAGAAGAGAUUGCCGAUAUCACUUGAAAAGCUGCUGAAGAAGAAAGGGAUUAUCAAGAAAACGUUGGAUUCCUAUAAACGAAAAGAACAGGCGUUUGCAGAGGAGUUUGAGAAGAUGGUUCUGAUUUGUCUUCGUGAGGAUCCUGAGAAAAGGCCAACUGCUGAUCAACUUUUGAAUAAUCCAUUCUUUAGGCAAAGGGAUAUGAAAAAGUUUGAGCAAUUUCUGUUGAGUGGUAAGAAUCCAGGGAAGAGGCCAAUUGAUAAUUGA